AUGCAGAAGAAGAUGGCGUACAGCUGUGCUGCUGUCUGCGUCCGCUUUGAUGCAGAUGAGAGCGCGUGUUUGUUCCGUGUGAGAAGCAGGUGCAUCGUCUCCCUCAUAUCCCUCGCCGUCCUGUCCUACGAGCGCUACUGCACCAUGAUGGCGCCAACCAUGGCUGACGGCAGAGACUACCGCCCCGCGCUGGGAGGGAUCUGCUUCUCCUGGCUCUACUCGGUGGCCUGGACCGUCCCCCCGCUGCUGGGCUGGAGCAAAUACGGGCCCGAGGGCCCCGGCACCACCUGCUCGGUUGACUGGCGGACCCAGACGCCUAACAAUAUCUCCUACAUCAUCUGCCUGUUCACCUUCUGCCUGGUGCUGCCGUUCAUCGUCAUCCUCUACUCCUACGGCAAGCUGCUGCUCGCCAUCAGACAGGUCCGGAGUUCGAUGGUGGCCCGUCAUCGUGAGCAGCGGGUGCUGGUGAUGGUCGUCACCAUGGUGGUGGGCUACCUGGUCUGCUGGCUGCCGUACGGAGUGGCGGCUCUGCUCGCGACCUUUGGGUCCCAUGACAUUUUGACCCCGGAGGCGACGAUAACGCCGUCGCUCUUGGCCAAGUUCUCCACCGUCAUCAACCCCUUUAUCUACAUCUUCAUGAACAAACAGUUCUACAGGUGUUUCAAGGCAUUCCUCAACUGCUCCAUCCCCGAGCGAGGCUCCAGCAUAAAGACAUUUUCGCGGGCGACCAAGACACUCCGCACCGUCCGCCAGGAGAGGGAACACCACGUUUCUGCUCAGGCCCCCUCCACCGCCAUGCCCUCGCCCAACUCCAUCCACGGGUCGUCGCAGGGGGCCAAUCGCUUGGCUCCAUCGAAUCGAGACUCGGCUGUGUCCCACCCCCCUGCUGCUGACGGUCCCAAACCCAAACUGAUCCUGGUGGCUCACUACAGGGAAUAAGAAGAGGACAAAACAACAGCGACGGGGGCCGAGCGUUUAGAGGCGGGAGCGACGAGCAGGGGCACAGGUCUCCAAUUAGGAAACAAAUCCUCUUAAUAGUAGAAAAGAGCCGGCGCAAAGUGAGCUCAGUGGGAGUCGUGAAACACAAACAGGGAGUUUUAAUCCCAGAACAGGUUGUUGUUGUUGCAGUCGACAAACAGGGACACAUCUCAUCCUGCUUACCCAGCGGCAGAGAGAUAUGAAGACGAAGGCUCGUCACGCUUGUAACGCCUCAUGUCGAGAUUACAGACUCCUGCCGUUAGAAUGUUCUCACUGUAUUCACAUCCAUCGUGCACUGACGUUGCAUUAAAGCUCACGUAGCCUCUGCCUAAAGUUCAGCAGAAAGGGGCCUCCGUGGAUCCGAGGUUGAAGUUCAACAAACUUGCAUUAGUCUGAGUCGUUUUUUUUCUCGGUGCAGAGAGAAGGAGUCUGUUUCCUCUGAUGCACCUUUGGUUUGAGUUUAUUCCGCUGAACGGGGUCAGGGCUUGGUGGUUUGGAGAACGUUGCCCAGGCAGACCCAACGCCAAAAGAGGCUAACAACAAAACAAGACGUCCGCUGUUUGAAAAAGAAAGAAAACAACUGAUGCCAGCUUUUGCCAAAAUGCUUGAAAGUAAGUCACAGGGAGGUCGAGCGCUGAGGUGAUUACUCAUUCUGGGACAGCUGUGCUUACGAAACGAGUGCUGAAGAGGACAAAGUCGUGUUUUAGGAACAUGUAUUUUGUUUAGCUCUUGGAAAUAAAACUCUUUUAUUUGUG